AUUUAUCCUCAAGGUCAAGGCUCAAUCAAGGAAACCCAGCUACCAACGCAAUUCUUUGUGUACAAUUCUGUCGUCUGUUCCUCGACGACGGCCGCUAUCCAAAAGAGACCCACCCUCCCUCCCUCCCUCCCUCGCAUGGACAAUCUUGAUUCUCGAUCUUAUCGACGCCUCCACCGCUGACCGCGUAAACUAAACAAAAUCAUCGUUCUUUCAUUUCACUAAAUUUCGAUUACUUACGACAACAACGCUCGACCAGGGUUACGCAUUUAGCUGACUUGCGAAACCCUAGAAAUCGAUUUUGCUUAAUCACCUGGUAUUUUGCUCGGGAUUAGUGGAUUUUUAGAUUGUACUGGAGUGUCUUACGCACUGGCCAUGCGACGCUGGUUCUCUGCGAUCGCCCUCUCGAGAGAGGACUCCUGGAUUCGAGCCUCAGUUUUUUAUACCAUCGCAGCCUCCACCUCUGCACCAGCUGCCACCGUUCUUUACCGAACCUCUGAUCGUCGUACAAGAUUCCAUAAUGACCGGCGAUACUACUCAUCUCUCUAGUUCCAGGGGCCUCCUAUGCAACGCUGGCGCUGGUGCUGCCGCUGGAGUAAUUGCAGCUACCUUCGUCUGUCCUUUAGAUGUUAUUAAAACUAGGUUGCAAGUUCAUGGGCUGCCAAAGCUCGCCGGUGCGAAUAUUAAGGGCAGCAUAAUAGUUGGGAGUUUGGAACAGAUAUUUCAGAAGGAGGGAUUACGUGGCAUGUAUCGAGGGUUGUCACCCACUGUACUGGCACUGCUUCCAAAUUGGGCUGUAUACUUCACAAUUUAUGAGCAGCUGAAGAGUUUACUGUGCUCUGAUGGUGUAAAUCAUCAGCUCUCCAUUGGUGCCAAUAUGUUAGCUGCCACUGGUGCUGGAGCUGCAACAACAAUUGCCACAAAUCCUCUUUGGGUAGUCAAGACAAGACUUCAAACUCAAGGAAUGAGAAAUGGGGUGAUGCCAUACAGGGGCACUUUAUCUGCCUUGAGGAGAAUUGCACAUGAAGAGGGAAUUCGUGGUGUGUACAGCGGUCUUGUGCCGGCUUUGGCUGGAAUUAGUCAUGUUGCCAUCCAAUUUCCAGCAUAUGAGAAGAUCAAGUUAUACCUGGCCAAUCGAGAGAACACUACGAUGGAUAAACUUACUGCACGUGAUGUUGCUGUUGCCUCAUCAGUUUCUAAAAUAUUUGCUUCCACAUUGACAUAUCCACAUGAGGUUGUACGCUCUAGGCUUCAAGAACAAGGACGCCACUCUGAGAAGCGGUAUUCUGGGGUAGUUGACUGCAUAAAGAAAGUUUUUCAGCAAGAGGGUGUCCCUGGUUUUUAUCGUGGAUGUGCAACCAACCUAGUCAGAACUACUCCAGCGGCUGUUAUCACAUUCACCAGUUUUGAGAUGAUUCAUCGUUUUCUGAUUAAUAAUUUGUUUCCACCCGAUCCGCAACGACAUCCAUUGUGAAGAUGAAAUUACGUGUGACCUGGGAUCAACAGGAUUCCUACAGGCAGCUUGACGAGCCAGUGUGCUCAUUGUUGGAUAAUUGGAUAACGAUCACCUGCAAUUGCAGCUUCACUAAGUAUUUGCGGUGACCGGCAAUUGAGAACAUGCAUGACUGACAGUGAUAAUGAUGAUAAAGCAUUUUACUCAAACUUACGGAAAUUCUUCUCCUCCUUUUUGGACUUCGUUGAUA